CCAUAUCAGUGUGAUAUCUGUGGUAAAUCAUUCUCUCAUAAUGGUCAUUUGGUUACUCACAAUCGCAUUCAUACUGGUGAAAAACCAUAUCAGUGUGAAAUCUGUGGUAAAUCAUUCUCUCAUAAUGGUCAUUUGGUUACUCACAAACGCAUUCAUACUGGUGAAAAACCAUAUCAUAAUGGUCAUUUGUGUGAUAUCUGUGGUAAAUCAUUCUCUCAUAAUGGUCAUUUGGUUACUCACAAACGCAUUCAUACUGGUGAAAAACCAUAUCAGUGUGAUAUCUGUGGUAAAUCAUUCUCUCAUAGGUCAUUGGUUACUCACAAUCGCAUUCAUACUGGUGAAAAACCAUAUCAGUGUGAUAUCUGUGGUAAAUCAUUCUCUCAUAAUGGUCAUUUGGUUACUCACAAACGCAUUCAUACUGGUGAAAAACCAUAUCAGUGUGAUAUCUGUGGUAAAUCAUUCUCUCAUAAUGGUCAUUUGGUUACUCACAAUCGCAUUCAUACUGGUGAAAAACCAUAUCAGUGUGAUAUCUGUGGUAAAUCAUUCUCUCAUAAUGGUCAUUUGGUUACUCACAAUCGCAUUCAUACUGGUGAAAAACCAUAUCAGUGUGAUAUCUGUGGUAAAUCAUUCUCUCAUAAUGGUCAUUUGGUUACUCACAAUCGCAUUCAUACUGGUGAAAAACCAUAUCAGUGUGAUAUCUGUGGUAAAUCAUUCUCUCAUAAUGGUCAUUUGGUUACUCACAAUCGCAUUCAUACUGGUGAAAAACCAUAUCAGUGUGAUAUCUGUGGUAAAUCAUUCUCUCAUAAUGGUCAUUUGGUUACUCACCAUCGCAUUCAUACUGGUGAAAAACCAUAUCAGUGUGAUAUCUGUGGUAAAUCAUUCUCUCAUAAUGGUCAUUUGGUUACUCACAAUCGCAUUCAUACUGGUGAAAAACCAUAUCAGUGUGAUAUCUGUGGUAAAUCAUUCUCUCAUAAUGGUCAUUUGGUUACUCACAAACGCAUUCAUACUGGUGAAAAACCAUAUCAGUGUGAUAUCUGUGGUAAAUCAUUCUCUCAUAAUGGUCAUUUGGUUACUCACAAUCGCAUUCAUACUGGUGAAAAACCAUAUCAGUGUGAUAUCUGUGGUAAAUCAUUCUCUCAUAAUGGUCAUUUGGUUACUCACAAUCGCAUUCAUACUGGUGAAAAACCAUAUCAGUGUGAUAUCUGUGGUAAAUCAUUCUCUCAUAAUGGUCAUUUGGUUACUCACAAUCGCAUUCAUACUGGUGAAAAACCAUAUCAGUGUGAUAUCUGUGGUAAAUCAUUCUCUCAUAAUGGUCAUUUGGUUACUCACAAACGCAUUCAUACUGGUGAAAAACCAUAUCAGUGUGAUAUCUGUGGUAAAUCAUUCUCUCAUAAUGGUCAUUUGGUUACUCACAAUCGCAUUCAUACUGGUGAAAAACCAUAUCAGUGUGAUAUCUGUGGUAAAUCAUUCUCUCAUAAUGGUCAUUUGGUUACUCACAAUCGCAUUCAUACUGGUGAAAAACCAUAUCAGUGUGAUAUCUGUGGUAAAUCAUUCUCUCAUAAUGGUCAUUUGGUUACUCACAAUCGCAUUCAUACUGGUGAAAAACCAUAUCAGUGUGAUAUCUGUGGUAAAUCAUUCUCUCAUAAUGGUCAUUUGGUUACUCACAAUCGCAUUCAUACUGGUGAAAAACCAUAUCAGUGUGAUAUCUGUGGUAAAUCAUUCUCUCAUAAUGGUCAUUUGGUUACUCACAAUCGCAUUCAUACUGGUGAAAAACCAUAUCAGUGUGAUAUCUGUGGUAAAUCAUUCUCUCAUAAUGGUCAUUUGGUUACUCACAAUCGCAUUCAUACUGGUGAAAAACCAUAUCAGUGUGAUAUCUGUGGUAAAUCAUUCUCUCAUAAUGGUCAUUUGGUUACUCACAAUCGCAUUCAUACUGGUGAAAAACCAUAUCAGUGUGAUAUCUGUGGUAAAUCAUUCUCUCAUAAUGGUCAUUUGGUUACUCACAAUCGCAUUCAUACUGGUGAAAAACCAUAUCAGUGUGAUAUCUGUGGUAAAUCAUUCUCUCAUAAUGGUCAUUUGGUUACUCACAAUCGCAUUCAUACUGGUGAAAAACCAUAUCAGUGUGAUAUCUGUGGUAAAUCAUUCUCUCAUAAUGGUCAUUUGGUUACUCACAAACGCAUUCAUACUGGUGAAAAACCAUAUCAGUGUGAUAUCUGUGGUAAAUCAUUCUCUCAUAAUGGUCAUUUGGUUACUCACAAUCGCAUUCAUACUGGUGAAAAACCAUAUCAGUGUGAUAUCUGUGGUAAAUCAUUCUCUCAUAAUGGUCAUUUGGUUACUCACAAACGCAUUCAUACUGGUGAAAAACCAUAUCAGUGUGAUAUCUGUGGUAAAUCAUUCUCUCAUAAUGGUCAUUUGGUUACUCACAAUCGCAUUCAUACUGGUGAAAAACCAUAUCAGUGUGAUAUCUGUGGUAAAUCAUUCUCUCAUAAUGGUCAUUUGGUUACUCACAAACGCAUUCAUACUGGUGAAAAACCAUAUCAGUGUGAUAUCUGUGGUAAAUCAUUCUCUCAUAAUGGUCAUUUGGUUACUCACAAUCGCAUUCAUACUGGUGAAAAACCAUAUCAGUGUGAUAUCUGUGGUAAAUCAUUCUCUCAUAAUGGUCAUUUGGUUACUCACAAUCGCAUUCAUACUGGUGAAAAACCAUAUCAGUGUGAUAUCUGUGGUAAAUCAUUCUCUCAUAAUGGUCAUUUGGUUACUCACAAUCGCAUUCAUACUGGUGAAAAACCAUAUCAGUGUGAUAUCUGUGGUAAAUCAUUCUCUCAUAAUGGUCAUUUGGUUACUCACAAUCGCAUUCAUACUGGUGAAAAACCAUAUCAGUGUGAUAUCUGUGGUAAAUCAUUCUCUCAUAAUGGUCAUUUGGUUACUCACAAUCGCAUUCAUACUGGUGAAAAACCAUAUCAGUGUGAUAUCUGUGGUAAAUCAUUCUCUCAUAAUGGUCAUUUGGUUACUCACAAUCGCAUUCAUACUGGUGAAAAACCAUAUCAGUGUGAUAUCUGUGGUAAAUCAUUCUCUCAUAAUGGUCAUUUGGUUACUCACAAUCGCAUUCAUACUGGUGAAAAACCAUAUCAGUGUGAUAUCUGUGGUAAAUCAUUCUCUCAUAAUGGUCAUUUGGUUACUCACAAUCGCAUUCAUACUGGUGAAAAACCAUAUCAGUGUGAUAUCUGUGGUAAAUCAUUCUCUCAUAAUGGUCAUUUGGUUACUCACAAUCGCAUUCAUACUGGUGAAAAACCAUAUCAGUGUGAUAUCUGUGGUAAAUCAUUCUCUCAUAAUGGUCAUUUGGUUACUCACAAUCGCAUUCAUACUGGUGAAAAACCAUAUCAGUGUGAUAUCUGUGGUAAAUCAUUCUCUCAUAAUGGUCAUUUGGUUACUCACAAUCGCAUUCAUACUGGUGAAAAACCAUAUCAGUGUGAUAUCUGUGGUAAAUCAUUCUCUCAUAAUGGUCAUUUGGUUACUCACAAUCGCAUUCAUACUGGUGAAAAACCAUAUCAGUGUGAUAUCUGUGGUAAAUCAUUCUCUCAUAAUGGUCAUUUGGUUACUCACAAUCGCAUUCAUACUGGUGAAAAACCAUAUCAGUGUGAUAUCUGUGGUAAAUCAUUCUCUCAUAAUGGUCAUUUGGUUACUCACAAUCGCAUUCAUACUGGUGAAAAACCAUAUCAGUGUGAUAUCUGUGGUAAAUCAUUCUCUCAUAAUGGUCAUUUGGUUACUCACAAACGCAUUCAUACUGGUGAAAAACCAUAUCAGUGUGAUAUCUGUGGUAAAUCAUUCUCUCAUAAUGGUCAUUUGGUUACUCACAAUCGCAUUCAUACUGGUGAAAAACCAUAUCAGUGUGAUAUCUGUGGUAAAUCAUUCUCUCAUAAUGGUCAUUUGGUUACUCACAAUCGCAUUCAUACUGGUGAAAAACCAUAUCAGUGUGAUAUCUGUGGUAAAUCAUUCUCUCAUAAUGGUCAUUUGGUUACUCACAAUCGCAUUCAUACUGGUGAAAAACCAUAUCAGUGUGAUAUCUGUGGUAAAUCAUUCUCUCAUAAUGGUCAUUUGGUUACUCACAAUCGCAUUCAUACUGGUGAAAAACCAUAUCAGUGUGAUAUCUGUGGUAAAUCAUUCUCUCAUAAUGGUCAUUUGGUUACUCACAAUCGCAUUCAUACUGGUGAAAAACCAUAUCAGUGUGAUAUCUGUGGUAAAUCAUUCUCUCAUAAUGGUCAUUUGGUUACUCACAAACGCAUUCAUACUGGUGAAAAACCAUAUCAGUGUGAUAUCUGUGGUAAAUCAUUCUCUCAUAAUGGUCAUUUGGUUACUCACAAUCGCAUUCAUACUGGUGAAAAACCAUAUCAGUGUGAUAUCUGUGGUAAAUCAUUCUCUCAUAAUGGUCAUUUGGUUACUCACAAUCGCAUUCAUACUGGUGAAAAACCAUAUCAGUGUGAUAUCUGUGGUAAAUCAUUCUCUCAUAAUGGUCAUUUGGUUACUCACAAUCGCAUUCAUACUGGUGAAAAACCAUAUCAGUGUGAUAUCUGUGGUAAAUCAUUCUCUCAUAAUGGUCAUUUGGUUACUCACAAUCGCAUUCAUACUGGUGAAAAACCAUAUCAGUGUGAUAUCUGUGGUAAAUCAUUCUCUCAUAAUGGUCAUUUGGUUACUCACAAUCGCAUUCAUACUGGUGAAAAACCAUAUCAGUGUGAUAUCUGUGGUAAAUCAUUCUCUCAUAAUGGUCAUUUGGUUACUCACAAUCGCAUUCAUACUGGUGAAAAACCAUAUCAGUGUGAUAUCUGUGGUAAAUCAUUCUCUCAUAAUGGUCAUUUGGUUACUCACAAUCGCAUUCAUACUGGUGAAAAACCAUAUCAGUGUGAUAUCUGUGGUAAAUCAUUCUCUCAUAAUGGUCAUUUGGUUACUCACAAUCGCAUUCAUACUGGUGAAAAACCAUAUCAGUGUGAUAUCUGUGGUAAAUCAUUCUCUCAUAAUGGUCAUUUGGUUACUCACAAACGCAUUCAUACUGGUGAAAAACCAUAUCAGUGUGAUAUCUGUGGUAAAUCAUUCUCUCAUAAUGGUCAUUUGGUUACUCACAAUCGCAUUCAUACUGGUGAAAAACCAUAUCAGUGUGAUAUCUGUGGUAAAUCAUUCUCUCAUAAUGGUCAUUUGGUUACUCACAAUCGCAUUCAUACUGGUGAAAAACCAUAUCAGUGUGAUAUCUGUGGUAAAUCAUUCUCUCAUAAUGGUCAUUUGGUUACUCACAAUCGCAUUCAUACUGGUGAAAAACCAUAUCAGUGUGAUAUCUGUGGUAAAUCAUUCUCUCAUAAUGGUCAUUUGGUUACUCACAAUCGCAUUCAUACUGGUGAAAAACCAUAUCAGUGUGAUAUCUGUGGUAAAUCAUUCUCUCAUAAUGGUCAUUUGGUUACUCACAAACGCAUUCAUACUGGUGAAAAACCAUAUCAGUGUGAUAUCUGUGGUAAAUCAUUCUCUCAUAAUGGUCAUUUGGUUACUCACAAUCGCAUUCAUACUGGUGAAAAACCAUAUCAGUGUGAUAUCUGUGGUAAAUCAUUCUCUCAUAAUGGUCAUUUGGUUACUCACAAUCGCAUUCAUACUGGUGAAAAACCAUAUCAGUGUGAUAUCUGUGGUAAAUCAUUCUCUCAUAAUGGUCAUUUGGUUACUCACAAUCGCAUUCAUACUGGUGAAAAACCAUAUCAGUGUGAUAUCUGUGGUAAAUCAUUCUCUCAUAAUGGUCAUUUGGUUACUCACAAUCGCAUUCAUACUGGUGAAAAACCAUAUCAGUGUGAUAUCUGUGGUAAAUCAUUCUCUCAUAAUGGUCAUUUGGUUACUCACAAUCGCAUUCAUACUGGUGAAAAACCAUAUCAGUGUGAUAUCUGUGGUAAAUCAUUCUCUCAUAAUGGUCAUUUGGUUACUCACAAUCGCAUUCAUACUGGUGAAAAACCAUAUCAGUGUGAUAUCUGUGGUAAAUCAUUCUCUCAUAAUGGUCAUUUGGUUACUCACAAUCGCAUUCAUACUGGUGAAAAACCAUAUCAGUGUGAUAUCUGUGGUAAAUCAUUCUCUCAUAAUGGUCAUUUGGUUACUCACAAUCGCAUUCAUACUGGUGAAAAACCAUAUCAGUGUGAUAUCUGUGGUAAAUCAUUCUCUCAUAAUGGUCAUUUGGUUACUCACAAUCGCAUUCAUACUGGUGAAAAACCAUAUCAGUGUGAUAUCUGUGGUAAAUCAUUCUCUCAUAAUGGUCAUUUGGUUACUCACAAUCGCAUUCAUACUGGUGAAAAACCAUAUCAGUGUGAUAUCUGUGGUAAAUCAUUCUCUCAUAAUGGUCAUUUGGUUACUCACAAUCGCAUUCAUACUGGUGAAAAACCAUAUCAGUGUGAUAUCUGUGGUAAAUCAUUCUCUCAUAAUGGUCAUUUGGUUACUCACAAUCGCAUUCAUACUGGUGAAAAACCAUAUCAGUGUGAUAUCUGUGGUAAAUCAUUCUCUCAUAAUGGUCAUUUGGUUACUCACAAUCGCAUUCAUACUGGUGAAAAACCAUAUCAGUGUGAUAUCUGUGGUAAAUCAUUCUCUCAUAAUGGUCAUUUGGUUACUCACAAUCGCAUUCAUACUGGUGAAAAACCAUAUCAGUGUGAUAUCUGUGGUAAAUCAUUCUCUCAUAAUGGUCAUUUGGUUACUCACAAUCGCAUUCAUACUGGUGAAAAACCAUAUCAGUGUGAUAUCUGUGGUAAAUCAUUCUCUCAUAAUGGUCAUUUGGUUACUCACAAUCGCAUUCAUACUGGUGAAAAACCAUAUCAGUGUGAUAUCUGUGGUAAAUCAUUCUCUCAUAAUGGUCAUUUGGUUACUCACAAUCGCAUUCAUACUGGUGAAAAACCAUAUCAGUGUGAUAUCUGUGGUAAAUCAUUCUCUCAUAAUGGUCAUUUGGUUACUCACAAUCGCAUUCAUACUGGUGAAAAACCAUAUCAGUGUGAUAUCUGUGGUAAAUCAUUCUCUCAUAAUGGUCAUUUGGUUACUCACAAUCGCAUUCAUACUGGUGAAAAACCAUAUCAGUGUGAUAUCUGUGGUAAAUCAUUCUCUCAUAAUGGUCAUUUGGUUACUCACAAUCGCAUUCAUACUGGUGAAAAACCAUAUCAGUGUGAUAUCUGUGGUAAAUCAUUCUCUCAUAAUGGUCAUUUGGUUACUCACAAUCGCAUUCAUACUGGUGAAAAACCAUAUCAGUGUGAUAUCUGUGGUAAAUCAUUCUCUCAUAAUGGUCAUUUGGUUACUCACAAUCGCAUUCAUACUGGUGAAAAACCAUAUCAGUGUGAUAUCUGUGGUAAAUCAUUCUCUCAUAAUGGUCAUUUGGUUACUCACAAUCGCAUUCAUACUGGUGAAAAACCAUAUCAGUGUGAUAUCUGUGGUAAAUCAUUCUCUCAUAAUGGUCAUUUGGUUACUCACAAUCGCAUUCAUACUGGUGAAAAACCAUAUCAGUGUGAUAUCUGUGGUAAAUCAUUCUCUCAUAAUGGUCAUUUGGUUACUCACAAUCGCAUUCAUACUGGUGAAAAACCAUAUCAGUGUGAUAUCUGUGGUAAAUCAUUCUCUCAUAAUGGUCAUUUGGUUACUCACAAUCGCAUUCAUACUGGUGAAAAACCAUAUCAGUGUGAUAUCUGUGGUAAAUCAUUCUCUCAUAAUGGUCAUUUGGUUACUCACAAUCGCAUUCAUACUGGUGAAAAACCAUAUCAGUGUGAUAUCUGUGGUAAAUCAUUCUCUCAUAAUGGUCAUUUGGUUACUCACAAUCGCAUUCAUACUGGUGAAAAACCAUAUCAGUGUGAUAUCUGUGGUAAAUCAUUCUCUCAUAAUGGUCAUUUGGUUACUCACAAUCGCAUUCAUACUGGUGAAAAACCAUAUCAGUGUGAUAUCUGUGGUAAAUCAUUCUCUCAUAAUGGUCAUUUGGUUACUCACAAUCGCAUUCAUACUGGUGAAAAACCAUAUCAGUGUGAUAUCUGUGGUAAAUCAUUCUCUCAUAAUGGUCAUUUGGUUACUCACAAUCGCAUUCAUACUGGUGAAAAACCAUAUCAGUGUGAUAUCUGUGGUAAAUCAUUCUCUCAUAAUGGUCAUUUGGUUACUCACAAUCGCAUUCAUACUGGUGAAAAACCAUAUCAGUGUGAUAUCUGUGGUAAAUCAUUCUCUCAUAAUGGUCAUUUGGUUACUCACAAUCGCAUUCAUACUGGUGAAAAACCAUAUCAGUGUGAUAUCUGUGGUAAAUCAUUCUCUCAUAAUGGUCAUUUGGUUACUCACAAUCGCAUUCAUACUGGUGAAAAACCAUAUCAGUGUGAUAUCUGUGGUAAAUCAUUCUCUCAUAAUGGUCAUUUGGUUACUCACAAUCGCAUUCAUACUGGUGAAAAACCAUAUCAGUGUGAUAUCUGUGGUAAAUCAUUCUCUCAUAAUGGUCAUUUGGUUACUCACAAUCGCAUUCAUACUGGUGAAAAACCAUAUCAGUGUGAUAUCUGUGGUAAAUCAUUCUCUCAUAAUGGUCAUUUGGUUACUCACAAUCGCAUUCAUACUGGUGAAAAACCAUAUCAGUGUGAUAUCUGUGGUAAAUCAUUCUCUCAUAAUGGUCAUUUGGUUACUCACAAUCGCAUUCAUACUGGUGAAAAACCAUAUCAGUGUGAUAUCUGUGGUAAAUCAUUCUCUCAUAAUGGUCAUUUGGUUACUCACAAUCGCAUUCAUACUGGUGAAAAACCAUAUCAGUGUGAUAUCUGUGGUAAAUCAUUCUCUCAUAAUGGUCAUUUGGUUACUCACAAUCGCAUUCAUACUGGUGAAAAACCAUAUCAGUGUGAUAUCUGUGGUAAAUCAUUCUCUCAUAAUGGUCAUUUGGUUACUCACAAUCGCAUUCAUACUGGUGAAAAACCAUAUCAGUGUGAUAUCUGUGGUAAAUCAUUCUCUCAUAAUGGUCAUUUGGUUACUCACAAACGCAUUCAUACUGGUGAAAAACCAUAUCAGUGUGAUAUCUGUGGUAAAUCAUUCUCUCAUAAUGGUCAUUUGGUUACUCACAAUCGCAUUCAUACUGGUGAAAAACCAUAUCAGUGUGAUAUCUGUGGUAAAUCAUUCUCUCAUAAUGGUCAUUUGGUUACUCACAAUCGCAUUCAUACUGGUGAAAAACCAUAUCAGUGUGAUAUCUGUGGUAAAUCAUUCUCUCAUAAUGGUCAUUUGGUUACUCACAAUCGCAUUCAUACUGGUGAAAAACCAUAUCAGUGUGAUAUCUGUGGUAAAUCAUUCUCUCAUAAUGGUCAUUUGGUUACUCACAAUCGCAUUCAUACUGGUGAAAAACCAUAUCAGUGUGAUAUCUGUGGUAAAUCAUUCUCUCAUAAUGGUCAUUUGGUUACUCAACGCAUUCAUACUGGUGAAAAACCAUAUCAGUGUGAUAUCUGUGGUAAAUCAUUCUCUCAUAAUGGUCAUUUGGUUACUCACAAUCGCAUUCAUACUGGUGAAAAACCAUAUCAGUGUGAUAUCUGUGGUAAAUCAUUCUCUCAUAAUGGUCAUUUGGUUACUCACAAUCGCAUUCAUACUGGUGAAAAACCAUAUCAGUGUGAUAUCUGUGGUAAAUCAUUCUCUCAUAAUGGUCAUUUGGUUACUCACAAUCGCAUUCAUACUGGUGAAAAACCAUAUCAGUGUGAUAUCUGUGGUAAAUCAUUCUCUCAUAAUGGUCAUUUGGUUACUCACAAUCGCAUUCAUACUGGUGAAAAACCAUAUCAGUGUGAUAUCUGUGGUAAAUCAUUCUCUCAUAAUGGUCAUUUGGUUACUCACAAUCGCAUUCAUACUGGUGAAAAACCAUAUCAGUGUGAUAUCUGUGGUAAAUCAUUCUCUCAUAAUGGUCAUUUGGUUACUCACAAUCGCAUUCAUACUGGUGAAAAACCAUAUCAGUGUGAUAUCUGUGGUAAAUCAUUCUCUCAUAAUGGUCAUUUGGUUACUCACAAUCGCAUUCAUACUGGUGAAAAACCAUAUCAGUGUGAUAUCUGUGGUAAAUCAUUCUCUCAUAAUGGUCAUUUGGUUACUCACAAUCGCAUUCAUACUGGUGAAAAACCAUAUCAGUGUGAUAUCUGUGGUAAAUCAUUCUCUCAUAAUGGUCAUUUGGUUACUCACAAACGCAUUCAUACUGGUGAAAAACCAUAUCAGUGUGAUAUCUGUGGUAAAUCAUUCUCUCAUAAUGGUCAUUUGGUUACUCACAAUCGCAUUCAUACUGGUGAAAAACCAUAUCAGUGUGAUAUCUGUGGUAAAUCAUUCUCUCAUAAUGGUCAUUUGGUUACUCACAAUCGCAUUCAUACUGGUGAAAAACCAUAUCAGUGUGAUAUCUGUGGUAAAUCAUUCUCUCAUAAUGGUCAUUUGGUUACUCACAAUCGCAUUCAUACUGGUGAAAAACCAUAUCAGUGUGAUAUCUGUGGUAAAUCAUUCUCUCAUAAUGGUCAUUUGGUUACUCACAAUCGCAUUCAUACUGGUGAAAAACCAUAUCAGUGUGAUAUCUGUGGUAAAUCAUUCUCUCAUAAUGGUCAUUUGGUUACUCACAAUCGCAUUCAUACUGGUGAAAAACCAUAUCAGUGUGAUAUCUGUGGUAAAUCAUUCUCUCAUAAUGGUCAUUUGGUUACUCACAAUCGCAUUCAUACUGGUGAAAAACCAUAUCAGUGUGAUAUCUGUGGUAAAUCAUUCUCUCAUAAUGGUCAUUUGGUUACUCACAAUCGCAUUCAUACUGGUGAAAAACCAUAUCAGUGUGAUAUCUGUGGUAAAUCAUUCUCUCAUAAUGGUCAUUUGGUUACUCACAAUCGCAUUCAUACUGGUGAAAAACCAUAUCAGUGUGAUAUCUGUGGUAAAUCAUUCUCUCAUAAUGGUCAUUUGGUUACUCACAAUCGCAUUCAUACUGGUGAAAAACCAUAUCAGUGUGAUAUCUGUGGUAAAUCAUUCUCUCAUAAUGGUCAUUUGGUUACUCACAAUCGCAUUCAUACUGGUGAAAAACCAUAUCAGUGUGAUAUCUGUGGUAAAUCAUUCUCUCAUAAUGGUCAUUUGGUUACUCACAAUCGCAUUCAUACUGGUGAAAAACCAUAUCAGUGUGAUAUCUGUGGUAAAUCAUUCUCUCAUAAUGGUCAUUUGGUUACUCACAAUCGCAUUCAUACUGGUGAAAAACCAUAUCAGUGUGAUAUCUGUGGUAAAUCAUUCUCUCAUAAUGGUCAUUUGGUUACUCACAAUCGCAUUCAUACUGGUGAAAAACCAUAUCAGUGUGAUAUCUGUGGUAAAUCAUUCUCUCAUAAUGGUCAUUUGGUUACUCACAAUCGCAUUCAUACUGGUGAAAAACCAUAUCAGUGUGAUAUCUGUGGUAAAUCAUUCUCUCAUAAUGGUCAUUUGGUUACUCACAAUCGCAUUCAUACUGGUGAAAAACCAUAUCAGUGUGAUAUCUGUGGUAAAUCAUUCUCUCAUAAUGGUCAUUUGGUUACUCACAAUCGCAUUCAUACUGGUGAAAAACCAUAUCAGUGUGAUAUCUGUGGUAAAUCAUUCUCUCAUAAUGGUCAUUUGGUUACUCACAAUCGCAUUCAUACUGGUGAAAAACCAUAUCAGUGUGAUAUCUGUGGUAAAUCAUUCUCUCAUAAUGGUCAUUUGGUUACUCACAAUCGCAUUCAUACUGGUGAAAAACCAUAUCAGUGUGAUAUCUGUGGUAAAUCAUUCUCUCAUAAUGGUCAUUUGGUUACUCACAAUCGCAUUCAUACUGGUGAAAAACCAUAUCAGUGUGAUAUCUGUGGUAAAUCAUUCUCUCAUAAUGGUCAUUUGGUUACUCACAAUCGCAUUCAUACUGGUGAAAAACCAUAUCAGUGUGAUAUCUGUGGUAAAUCAUUCUCUCAUAAUGGUCAUUUGGUUACUCACAAUCGCAUUCAUACUGGUGAAAAACCAUAUCAGUGUGAUAUCUGUGGUAAAUCAUUCUCUCAUAAUGGUCAUUUGGUUACUCACAAUCGCAUUCAUACUGGUGAAAAACCAUAUCAGUGUGAUAUCUGUGGUAAAUCAUUCUCUCAUAAUGGUCAUUUGGUUACUCACAAUCGCAUUCAUACUGGUGAAAAACCAUAUCAGUGUGAUAUCUGUGGUAAAUCAUUCUCUCAUAAUGGUCAUUUGGUUACUCACAAUCGCAUUCAUACUGGUGAAAAACCAUAUCAGUGUGAUAUCUGUGGUAAAUCAUUCUCUCAUAAUGGUCAUUUGGUUACUCACAAUCGCAUUCAUACUGGUGAAAAACCAUAUCAGUGUGAUAUCUGUGGUAAAUCAUUCUCUCAUAAUGGUCAUUUGGUUACUCACAAUCGCAUUCAUACUGGUGAAAAACCAUAUCAGUGUGAUAUCUGUGGUAAAUCAUUCUCUCAUAAUGGUCAUUUGGUUACUCAACGCAUUCAUACUGGUGAAAAACCAUAUCAGUGUGAUAUCUGUGGUAAAUCAUUCUCUCAUAAUGGUCAUUUGGUUACUCACAAACGCAUUCAUACUGGUGAAAAACCAUAUCAGUGUGAUAUCUGUGGUAAAUCAUUCUCUCAUAAUGGUCAUUUGGUUACUCACAAUCGCAUUCAUACUGGUGAAAAACCAUAUCAGUGUGAUAUCUGUGGUAAAUCAUUCUCUCAUAAUGGUCAUUUGGUUACUCACAAUCGCAUUCAUACUGGUGAAAAACCAUAUCAGUGUGAUAUCUGUGGUAAAUCAUUCUCUCAUAAUGGUCAUUUGGUUACUCACAAUCGCAUUCAUACUGGUGAAAAACCAUAUCAGUGUGAUAUCUGUGGUAAAUCAUUCUCUCAUAAUGGUCAUUUGGUUACUCACAAUCGCAUUCAUACUGGUGAAAAACCAUAUCAGUGUGAUAUCUGUGGUAAAUCAUUCUCUCAUAAUGGUCAUUUGGUUACUCACAAUCGCAUUCAUACUGGUGAAAAACCAUAUCAGUGUGAUAUCUGUGGUAAAUCAUUCUCUCAUAAUGGUCAUUUGGUUACUCACAAUCGCAUUCAUACUGGUGAAAAACCAUAUCAGUGUGAUAUCUGUGGUAAAUCAUUCUCUCAUAAUGGUCAUUUGGUUACUCACAAUCGCAUUCAUACUGGUGAAAAACCAUAUCAGUGUGAUAUCUGUGGUAAAUCAUUCUCUCAUAAUGGUCAUUUGGUUACUCACAAUCGCAUUCAUACUGGUGAAAAACCAUAUCAGUGUGAUAUCUGUGGUAAAUCAUUCUCUCAUAAUGGUCAUUUGGUUACUCACAAUCGCAUUCAUACUGGUGAAAAACCAUAUCAGUGUGAUAUCUGUGGUAAAUCAUUCUCUCAUAAUGGUCAUUUGGUUACUCACAAUCGCAUUCAUACUGGUGAAAAACCAUAUCAGUGUGAUAUCUGUGGUAAAUCAUUCUCUCAUAAUGGUCAUUUGGUUACUCACAAUCGCAUUCAUACUGGUGAAAAACCAUAUCAGUGUGUCUGUGGUAAAUCAUUCUCUCAUAAUGGUCAUUUGGUUACUCACAAUCGCAUUCAUACUGGUGAAAAACCAUAUCAGUGUGAUAUCUGUGGUAAAUCAUUCUCUCAUAAUGGUCAUUUGGUUACUCACAAUCGCAUUCAUACUGGUGAAAAACCAUAUCAGUGUGAUAUCUGUGGUAAAUCAUUCUCUCAUAAUGGUCAUUUGGUUACUCACAAUCGCAUUCAUACUGGUGAAAAACCAUAUCAGUGUGAUAUCUGUGGUAAAUCAUUCUCUCAUAAUGGUCAUUUGGUUACUCACAAUCGCAUUCAUACUGGUGAAAAACCAUAUCAGUGUGAUAUCUGUGGUAAAUCAUUCUCUCAUAAUGGUCAUUUGGUUACUCACAAUCGCAUUCAUACUGGUGAAAAACCAUAUCAGUGUGAUAUCUGUGGUAAAUCAUUCUCUCAUAAUGGUCAUUUGGUUACUCACAAUCGCAUUCAUACUGGUGAAAAACCAUAUCAGUGUGAUAUCUGUGGUAAAUCAUUCUCUCAUAAUGGUCAUUUGGUUACUCACAAACGCAUUCAUACUGGUGAAAAACCAUAUCAGUGUGAUAUCUGUGGUAAAUCAUUCUCUCAUAAUGGUCAUUUGGUUACUCACAAUCGCAUUCAUACUGGUGAAAAACCAUAUCAGUGUGAUAUCUGUGGUAAAUCAUUCUCUCAUAAUGGUCAUUUGGUUACUCACAAUCGCAUUCAUACUGGUGAAAAACCAUAUCAGUGUGAUAUCUGUGGUAAAUCAUUCUCUCAUAAUGGUCAUUUGGUUACUCACAAUCGCAUUCAUACUGGUGAAAAACCAUAUCAGUGUGAUAUCUGUGGUAAAUCAUUCUCUCAUAAUGGUCAUUUGGUUACUCACAAUCGCAUUCAUACUGGUGAAAAACCAUAUCAGUGUGAUAUCUGUGGUAAAUCAUUCUCUCAUAAUGGUCAUUUGGUUACUCACAAUCGCAUUCAUACUGGUGAAAAACCAUAUCAGUGUGAUAUCUGUGGUAAAUCAUUCUCUCAUAAUGGUCAUUUGGUUACUCACAAUCGCAUUCAUACUGGUGAAAAACCAUAUCAGUGUGAUAUCUGUGGUAAAUCAUUCUCUCAUAAUGGUCAUUUGGUUACUCACAAUCGCAUUCAUACUGGUGAAAAACCAUAUCAGUGUGAUAUCUGUGGUAAAUCAUUCUCUCAUAAUGGUCAUUUGGUUACUCACAAUCGCAUUCAUACUGGUGAAAAACCAUAUCAGUGUGAUAUCUGUGGUAAAUCAUUCUCUCAUAAUGGUCAUUUGGUUACUCACAAACGCAUUCAUACUGGUGAAAAACCAUAUCAGUGUGAUAUCUGUGGUAAAUCAUUCUCUCAUAAUGGUCAUUUGGUUACUCACAAUCGCAUUCAUACUGGUGAAAAACCAUAUCAGUGUGAUAUCUGUGGUAAAUCAUUCUCUCAUAAUGGUCAUUUGGUUACUCACAAUCGCAUUCAUACUGGUGAAAAACCAUAUCAGUGUGAUAUCUGUGGUAAAUCAUUCUCUCAUAAUGGUCAUUUGGUUACUCACAAUCGCAUUCAUACUGGUGAAAAACCAUAUCAGUGUGAUAUCUGUGGUAAAUCAUUCUCUCAUAAUGGUCAUUUGGUUACUCACAAUCGCAUUCAUACUGGUGAAAACCAU